CACGAUAUUCACCUCUCAUUCAAUUCUGACUUCUCUCACCUCUAUCAAAACUCAAAUCCUCAUGUUUAUGAGUUUAUCCUUCUCUUCAACAAACCACACUUAGAUUCUUUUAUCCAAUUUUAGGGUUAGGAUUUCUCAAUACCUUCUUUGCGAAACCUGACCUUCUCCGUGCACCAAGAGACCACCGUGUCUCCAAAACUCUACAGCUACCAGGAUUAUUGAGCUUGAAUCCUCUUUGGAGAUAGAUAAAAGAAAAAGUCUCAAAAGGAGGUUACCACUGUUGCGGCGAAGAUGAAGUCCCGUGCUGAUGAGGUUUUGGGAUCCCUUCUUCAUUUUCACUGUAAUUCAACCACGCCUCUGAUUCACCCUCCUUCCUCCUUGCGAUGGAUUCCGUAUCGAAAGCCAGAGAACUCUGUACCCGUAUGUAACUGAAUCUUGUGUCGUUGCUAUCAAAUUCAAAGAUGGGAUUCUUAUGGCUGCUGAUAUGGGAGGUUUGUUUGAUGCUAAAUCUCUCUUAACUUCACCUGAAAAUUUCUUUUUUAGGGUUUUACUUUUAGGGGUUUUCUUCUGAUUUGUUUAAAACAGCAUCUUUGCGAAGUUUGUUGAAAGGUUUAAGUAUUUGUGUUACUCUGUAUGUGCUAUCAAUGGUGUUUGAUGGAUGGAAUGACCUAAUGGUGUAGUUUCUUAUGGAUCUACUUUGCGUUACAAGAUUGUUGAGCGUUUGAAGCCUAUUUGAAAGCACUUCCUUCUUAGUGCUAGUGGGGAAAUAAGUGACUUUAAGAGAUUAUGCGCUACCUUGAUGAACUCAUCCUUAAUGACAACAUUUGUGUGACUGCUGCUGCUAUAGGGUUUAACAAGAUUGGCAUUAAUUACGAGGACAACCAUGUGGCAAAAAAGCAUGCUCAAAUUCAUAUGGCACUAGAACUGCUUCUGAACUUGAAUUUUUAUUUGAAAAAUAUUCAAAAUGUUAAUACAAGGCGAUGCUUAAGUGAGCUUCCCUCAUUUUUGUCUCCAAUAUUUGAAAGAAUAUCAUCAUGCCCAACUUUCAAGAAUGUUGACUCUGAUAGCAUAGUUUUGGAACAACUUAAGGUGGUUUUUCCUAGGAAAGAGAUGGUUUGUCCGCGUGCAGGUUCGUAAUUACAAGGCUUCGGCGAUACUGAUUGCGUGUGGUCAUGAAUUGUAUGCGUGUUGCAGCAUUACACAGAUGAUACUUCAAGCUUGGUUUCUUAUCCUUGAAAAGAGAAUCAUGUAGCUUUUUUGUAUCAUCAUUCAUGGCACAGUAAUAGAUUAAUGGCUGUGUUGUGUUACAUGGAAAUGAAUUACACAAUUUUGUGUUAAUGGCUGUGUUAUGAUUCAUGAUGUUAUCAUA